AUGAGGGAGCCACGACGCAGUCCGAGCAGGCAGCCGAUGACGGCGAGUCGCGGCCGGCAAUGGCGCCGCCGCCGGCCGAAGCUUGUCACAGAGCGCCUGACUACUGCUAGUAGUGAUGCGCGGUCGCUGAAGCCGACUACGGCUACCAGGGGACUACUCGCUGGGACGACGACGAGCUUCUCCGAGGACGAGGAGGACCUCCUCAUCAAGCUGCACGCUUUGCUCGGAAACCGCUGGUCCAUCAUCGCCGGGAGGCUGCCUGGGAGGACGGGCGAGGAGGUGGAGGCCCACUGGGGUUCGCCGGCGAUGAGGAGGCGCGCGGCCGGCGGCGCCGAUCCCGACAGCCAUCGUGUGCUACUGCAGGCUUUGCUAGCCUCGUCACAUGAUCAACCAACACAACCCGGCGAGCAUCUGCGGAGGGCGGUGCCAAACCAAGUACGCGACGAGCGCCCCGGUCGUCCUUACGACGACAGUGCAGUGUCGGACGCCGGAAGCCGCAGAGCCUGCGCAUCAUCGGACGCCGACAGCAGCUGGUUCCUCGCUGAACUGAACCUGGAGCUCACCCUGUCUACGCCGUGCAGUGCGUCUACUUAA